GAGAGAAAGGGUGAGAGAGAGAGAAGACGGAAAGUUAAGAGAGAAAGUCGAGAGAAAAAGCUAAGUGGGAAUCACAUGGCCUUCUUGUUUUUGUCUCUCGCUGGGGCCUCCUCCUCCUCCACACUAUGAUCUUCUUCUUUUUCUUCAUCGACUGAUUCAAGUAGAAUAUUCCCCUCCUCCUCCGCCCGGCAUGGCCGACGAUAGGGAAAUAUCUGGUACUGUUGUUGAUGGAAAUGAUCCGACGGGUCACAUAAUUUCUACUACGAUUGGAGGCAAAAAUGGAGAACCUAAGCAGACAAUUAGUUACAUGGCAGAGCGCGUUGUGGGGACUGGGUCAUUUGGAAUUGUUUUCCAGGCAAAGUGCUUGGAAACUGGGGAGACCGUAGCUAUAAAGAAGGUCUUGCAGGACAGAAGAUAUAAGAAUCGUGAACUGCAAUUGAUGCGUGUGAUGGAUCAUCCAAAUGUGAUUUCUUUGAAGCAUUGUUUCUUUUCCACGACGAGUAGAAAUGAACUUUUUCUCAACCUUGUAAUGGAAUAUGUCCCAGAGACCAUGUAUCGGGUCUUGAAACAUUACAGUGACGCAAAUCAGAGGAUGCCACUCAUCUAUGUGAAACUUUACACGUACCAGAUUUUUAGGGGGUUGGCUUAUAUACACACUGUCCCUGGAGUUUGCCAUAGGGAUCUGAAGCCUCAAAACCUUUUGGUUGAUCCUCUCACUCAUCAGGUUAAGCUUUGUGACUUUGGAAGUGCAAAAUUGCUAGUCAGAGGUGAAGCUAACAUAUCAUACAUAUGUUCACGAUUCUAUCGGGCUCCUGAGCUUAUAUUUGGUGCCACAGAAUAUACUACCUCAAUCGAUAUUUGGUCAGCUGGUUGUGUCCUUGCAGAGCUUCUUUUGGGGCAGCCACUGUUCCCCGGAGAAAACGCAGUGGACCAGCUAGUAGAAAUUAUCAAGGUUCUUGGUACACCAACUCGUGAAGAAAUUAGGUGUAUGAAUCCAAGUUAUACGGAUUUUAGGUUUCCACAGAUAAAAGCACACCCUUGGCACAAGGUUUUCCACAAAAGGAUGCCUCCAGAAGCAAUUGAUCUGGCUUCACGACUGCUGCAAUACUCGCCAAGUCUUCGCUGCACAGCACUAGAAGCAUGCGCACACUCUUUCUUUGAUGAACUCCGAGAACCCAACUCUCGCCUACCAAACGGUCGCCCAUUGCCACCACUUUUCAACUUCAAACAGGAAUUGUCAGGGGCUUCUCCAGAGCUUAUUAAUAAGUUGAUACCAGAGCACGUGAAACGCCAAAUGGGUCUAAGUUUCUUGCAUCCAGCAGGCUCCUAAGUGUGGAAAGUUCUGGGAAUUUUCGUCUACCAAUUAAUGUUUGGCACAGGGAGGUACUAUCUUUGUGUUGGAAUCAUCAUGCAUUGAGGCCUGACCAGUAUCAUUUCUCACUCUUGCGCUCUGCCAAGACGCACAGAGACUCAAAUGGCUGGAUAACUGCAAUUCCUUGAUGAGUUCGUUUCUACGAUACCAUCCCUAUCCCUCCCCCAAACUUCUCUUUCCAAGCCUCCUUUCUUAAGACACCAUUUUGUUUCUGUACAUGUUUGAUAGUUCAGAUAGCUGGAGAUGGACUGAUCAGAAAGCUGCUAGCAGAGGAAAAGCUAGGGGAAGUGUAUCUAUAGCUAGGAAGAAAGCCCCUGAUAGAAUGGCUGAACAAAAGGGGGUGGUCUUGUAGUUGGUUGUUCGGUAUGGUUAUUUUGCAUGUUGUUCCCGUUAGUCCUUUGGUGGUUUUUUGUUGGCUGAAUUGUAUUUGCAGCCUAAUGUUGCUACUUACUGUUUGUCCGAAUUAAAUGCUAUUGUUCUGUGUGCAGUACCGAUUUGCUUGUUCUAUGCAUUGAUUCUUGUUGAA